AUGGAUCAAAUUUUAGAGUAAAGUUCAGAAGCAGAAUAUAAUUAAGAUCCUUAGUCAAAUAGAACAUCUUAAUUCAAUGCAUUAUCUAAAAGGUCUAAAGAUGGCAGCUUUGUUAAUCUUGAAAAUAAGAAGGACUAUGAAUUAAAUCUAUAAAAAUAAAAAUGGGAAAGCUAACUUUAAAAUUAAAUAAAAAUAAAUUGUAAAUUUUCUGAUGAAGAUGAAUUUAAUUCUAGUGGUAAAAAGCAUAAUGAAGUUAACAUGAGUGAGGAUUCUUUGGAUUAUGAGCAUUAAAAGUUUUAAAAAGAUAACUAUAAAAUUAAUAACUAUAAAUUUUAAAAAGAAAAUAGUGAAUAAAAAAAGCUCAACUUUACUAGUGAUUUUGAUGAUUUAUCAGAAGAUGCCUAAAUUCCAAAAAUAAAAAGAUCUCUUAAACAAUAAUAGAAUCAAAUAGAAAGUUAGAAUUUAAGUUUUUCUUGUGAUAGUGAUAAUUAAAAUAUAAUCGAAUAACAAAGAUAAGGUUCAAAAAGAGGUUAUUUGAUUUCAAAAAACAAUCAAUAUGAUAAAAAAUUGCAUGAAAUUAAGCAAGAAAUUACUAAUGCACAAGCAUAAACAUAUUAAGAAGCUAUUAAUCCUUUAGCUUAAAAUAAAAUUUUUGAUAAAACUGUUUCUGAUUAUGAAUUUGAAGAUUCUGUUUAAGAUCUUAAAAAAGACACUUUUUAUCGUAUCAGAGAUGAUCUUAUUAAAUAACUUGAUCAAGAAAGAGAAAAAAAUAGACUGAUGGAGUAAAAAAUAAUGAGCAGAGACAAAUCGUUCUUUGAGAUUAAAUCUUAAUUUAAUGAGCUGUUGCUCAAUUAUGAGAGCAAAUAAAAAGAAUGUGAAAUACUUAAAAAAAAUUAAAAUUAAUUGAAUAGUUAAAAUUUAAAUUAAUCGCACUAGUCUAUAUCUAGCUUAAAAACAAAUAAAAAAAAUUUUCCUACCACUGAAAGAUCAAAUCCUGAAAAUGCUAAUUCAAUUGAGAAGAAAUACAAUAAACUUCUUUCAAAAUAUAAAAAUGACUCAGAAUUUGAUGAUUCAGACUUUGAAAACAAUGAUAAUUCCCUUAAUGGUUAAAAUGAAAUGACUCAAAAAAAAUCUUCUGAGAUCAGCUAGAAAUAUAAAAUUAGUUAAUAGAAUUUUAGUGAAAAUAGAUUUAGGAAGAACAGUCAAUAGGAUUCUUUGAAUGAUGAAACACAACAAAAUAGACUAAAUGGAGAAAAUUAGCUACUUGAAAUGAAGAUUUAACGACAAAGAGAUGAAAUAGCAAAGUUAACUAAAUUAUUAGAUGAUGAAAAAUACAAUAAACUAAAAAUGACUUAAAAGAUUGCUGAUCUAGAAUCCCAAAUAUAAACUGUAUCUCAUUAGAAAGAUGAAAAAGAUAAAACUAGUAUACUAUAGUUGUAGCAAAAUAAUAGCCUUUUAAUGAAAUAAAUAGAAGAAUAAACUGAGAAUUAAAAGCUGUUGUAGCUCGAGGUCAAAGAGAUUAAGGAACUUUUAAAAAAGAAAGAUUAAAAAAUUAAUGAAUUGUAAAAUGAUGACAAAGACAACUAGUCUCUGCUUGCUAAGGCAGAAAAGUUGUUGAAGUAAUAUGAAAAUCUCAAAGAAGAAUAUUGUUUAAAAUGCAAAGAGUUAGAAUAGGUUAUUCAAGAAAACUAACAGCUAAAGGAAUCUAAAUAAGAAUACAAGCUAAAGGAUUUUAUUGAUUAGUAAGAUAAAUUAAUAUAAAGACUGAAUGCAGAAUUAGAAAAUUAGAAAUAAGAUUAUUAGGUAUAAAUUGACUAAGCAACUAGAAAUUUGUUAGACUUAAUCCAAAGACUCUUUGGUGAAAAGGGAGAGUUCUAUUGUUUACCUUAAAAUUCAUGUUUAUGGAUCAGCUAGAUAUUUGGUAAAGAAAAUAGUUAAAAUAUUCAACAAAAUCAAUAUGAUUAAGAUAAAAGUGAAUUCUAAGAAUCAAUAAACUUACAAACAAUUUUGCAAGAAAUUGAGUAAUUAUAAAAGGAUUACUGUAGAUAUAAAGAUUUUGCAAAAGUAUUUAAAGAUAUGAUUAAAAGUAUUGCCAAAAGCGAACUUAAUUAAUAACCUACUCUUAAAGACUGCUGGAAAUAUUUUAAAUGGUUGUAUAAUUAAUAUAUUAAGUUAAAAUUAGAAGAUUAAAUGAAUUAAAGUACAACAAACAUAUUAUUAAAAAUGCUUAAACUUUCAAAUGAACAUGAAAUAAUUUUGGCUGUGUAAAAUUUAAUUACUCAAAACGAUAGAUUACAGCAUAUGCAACAGUUAAUAGCUUCUUAGAAUUCUAAUUAAUUCUAGCAAAAUAAUUAACAUGUUUCUAGUUUUAAUUACUCCAAUAUAGCAAAAUAAGAGAACAGUAAUAGUAAUAGUAAUCAAAUGUAAAAUGACUAAAAUUAACUUAGACCUUUUAAUUAUGGUAAAGAGAAUAAAUCUUAAUGCUAAUAAAAAAUAAUAGAAAAUUAAAAGAGAUCAAGGAGUCCAGCAGCAACUAGUCUCUAAAACACAUAUAAACGAAAUAUCAAUAACAACAGUUUUUAAAAUUAAGCCUAACAAAAUAAUAAUUAUAUUAAAAUUGAUAGUUAAAAGCAAUAACCAAAAUUAAAUAAUAAUAAAUUUUCCUAAUAAGAGCAAAAAUAGUUUUAGAAUAGAACCCAAAAUAAUGACAUAAGCUAGAACUAUUACUAAUCUUUGAACACUCAAUUUGAUACAUAAUCCUCUGUUGGCUAAAAAUAUUAUUACCAAGCCGAAAAUAAAACAGAAGAAUCUUGUAAUUAAUUUUAAAAUAGAUUUUAAAGAGGCAAUUUAUCUAAUAACAGAAGUUUACCUAGGCUCUAAAGCAAUUACUUUGAUUGA